AUGAAUGUUGUUGAACAACAUGAUGAUUACUUUGAGCAAAAAAGAAACGCAACUCAACAACAAGGUUUAAGUUGUUUGCAGAAGGUUAAUGCAGUAUUUCGUAUGCUAACUUAUGGAGUGGCAGCAGAUGCUACGGAUGAAUAUGUACGUAUUGGAGAAAGUACUGCGCUGGAAAGUCUAAGAAGGUUCGUUAAAGUUGUAAUUGACGUUUUUGGUGAGGAGUAUUUAAGAGCACCCAAUGAAAGCGAUAUACAUCGAUUACUUGCACUUGGCGAUGAAAGAGGAUUUCCUGGUAUGCCGGGUUCACUUGAUUGCAUGCAUUGGAGGUGGAAGAAUUGUCCAUCAUCUUUACAAGGUCAAUUUUCGGGCCAUCAUCACACGCCUACUAUAAUUUUAGAAGCAGUUGCUUCGCAAGAUUUAUGGAUUUGGCAUGCUUUUUUUGGAUUACCUGGCUCUCUCAAUGACAUCAAUGUUCUUCAUCGAUCUCCCCUGUUCGCAAAAUUAUCAAAUGGAGAAAGUCCACAAGUGAAUUAUAGAAUAAAUAACCAUGACUAUUCAAUGGGAUACUACCUUGCAGAUGGCAUAUACCCUUCUUGGGCAACAUUGGUUAAGACCAUACCAGAACCACGGGGCAAUAAAAGGAUCUACUAUGCCAAGGCACAAGAAGUGGCACAGAAGGAUGUAGAACGAGCCUUUGGGGUCCUUCAAUCUCGUUUGCCAUUGUUCGGGGUCCAGCUCGUUUAUGGGACGAGGCGACACUAAGCAACAUAAUGAUAACAUGUAUAAUUAUGCACAACAUGAUUAUUAGAGAUGAGGGAAGAGUCGAUCCGGAUGAACGUUUUGAGCACGAAGGAGAAAAUGUGGAGCCCUCCCAUGAGAUGACAACAAAUUUUGAUGAAUUUCUUAAGAAUCACAAGAAAAUUAGGAACCAAGAAACACAUUAUCAACUUCGAGAAGAUCUAGUUGAGCACUUGUGGCAACACCACCCAGAUUUAUAUCCUUAAGUUCAUUUGUUAAAGUUGUUUUCUAUUUGUAUC